GUUUUGCAUACCUUUAAAAAUGGGUGAUUGCUUCGAAGGCCCAUGUCCUUCGGGGGGCCCAUCUGCAGCAGGGGAAUUGGCAGGAGGGAGCAGCGUGUGCACUAAGGAGAUGACCUUGGAGCAAAAACAACAGCAUGUUUGUUCACAGCAACAAAUUGAACGACAGCUAAAAUGCUUGGCAUUUCAAAAUCCAGGACCUCUGCUGGCAGAUUUCAACCCAGAAACUCGGGAACAACAAAAGAAAGUCUGUAUGUCAAUGAUAAACCAGGAUUGUUUUAAUACUACAAAGAAGACUCUGAAGAAAUAUGAUAAACACGGUCAUCUGAUUUCCAAUAAAACAGAUUUGUGUGAUUGUCUAGAGAAGAACUGCCUGGGCUGCUUUUACCCUUGUCCUAAAUGUAAUUCAACAAAGUGUGGGGCAGAAUGUCGCUGCAACCGAAAAUGGGUCUAUGAGCAGAUUCAAGUGGAGGCUGGCCAAAUCAUUCGAUUUCCAUUUCGAAACAACUAGAUCACAUUAUGUUUCCUGAUAUUAUUUUUCUCGCUUUUGU